AUGAGUCAUACCAGUCACACCAGUAGUAACCGCAACAUUAUCAUCAACAUGAGUCAUACCAGCCACACCAGUAGUAACGGCACCAUUAUCAUCAACAUGAGUCAUACCAGUCACACCAGUAGUAAUGGUACCAUUAUCAUCAACAUGAGUCAUACCAGCCACACCAGUAGUAACGGCACCAUUAUCAUCAACAUGAGUCAUACCAGCCACACCAGUAGUAAUGGUACCAUUAUCAUCAACAUGAGUCAUACCAGUUACACCAGUAGUAAUGGCACCAUUAUCAUCAACAUGAGUCAUACCAGCCACACCAGUAGUAAUGGUACCAUUAUCAUCAACAUGAGUCAUACCAGUCACACCAGUAGUAACUGCACCAUUAUCACCAACAUGAGUCAUACCAGCCACACCAGUAGUAACUGCACCAUUAUCAUCAACAUGAGUCAUACCAGCCACACCAGUAGUAACUGCACCAUUAUCAUCAACAUGAGUCAUACCAGUCACACCAGUAGUAACUGCACCAUUAUCAUCAACAUGAGUCAUACCAGUCACACCAGUAGUAACUGCACCAUUAUCAUCAACAUGAGUCAUACCAGCCACACCAGUAAUAACGGCACCAUUAUCAUCAACAUGAGUCAUACCAGUCACACCAGUAAUAACGGCACCAUUAUCAUCAACAUGAGUCAUACCAGUCACACCAGUAGUAACUGCGCGAUUAUCAUCAACAUGAGUCAUACCAGCCACACCAGUAGUAAUUGUACCAUUAUCAUCAACAUGAGUCAUACCAGUCACACCAGUAGUAAUGGCACCAUUAUCAUCAACAUGAGUCAUACCAGCCACACCAGUAGUAAUGGCACCAUUAUCAUCAACAUGAGUCAUACAAGUCACACCAGUAGUAACUGCACCAUUAUCAUCAACAUGAGUCAUACCAGCCACACCAGUAAUAAUGGCACUAUUAUCAUCAACAUGAGUCAUACCAGUCACACCAGUAGUAACUGCACCAUUAUCAUCAACAUGAGUCAUACCAGCCACACCAGUAAUAACGGCACCAUUAUCAUCAACAUGAGUCAUACCAGCCACACCAGUAGUAACGGCACCAUUAUCAUCAACAUGAGUCAUACCAGUCACACCAGUAGUAACGGCACCAUUAUCAUCAACAUGAGUCAUACCAGUCACACCAGUAAUAACAGCACCAUUAUCAUCAACAUUAUUCUUCACCCGUAA